AUGGACUCUCAAUUAUGGGUUCCUGUGCCGAAGAUUAAGGCAACUAAAUCAGAGCCCGAGAGUUCUAAAGACCCAUUAGAAAGGGUCAAAACUGAUGUUUCAGGGCAAAAUAAAACAUAUGCUUUAAAUUUAAAUAAACAUUGCCCUGAAAAAAAUAAUCUCGUUAAUCAUGGUGUAGGCCUUUCCGGAGCUCCUGAUAAUUCCGAAGAUUUUACCUUGAGUGUCAGAAUUAACAGAAAACGCACUCUAAAUGAUUUAUUUGACGAAAGUGACGAUGAAAAUUUUACUCCCAACUCGGAACAAAUUUCCUCCAAAACACACUUACACCCUGUUAACUCCUCUGGUGAUCUUGUAAAUUCUAAACCUCUCAAUAACUCAGAAAUUAAAGCUGAUAAAUUAUUGCCUGAAAAUGUUACUUCUGGCUAUCAAAAAUCUUCAGAUGUUAAAGUCAAUAAUUUGCCUUUAAAGGAAACUGUUAAUAAUCUUGAAAAGGGUGACCAUAAAAGGCAGAAAACUGAUAGUUCAGAUGACUUUAAAAGAUCUGAUAGUGGUGAAGUUCCACUAUCAAAUGAGUUGGAGUCUCUAACUGACUCUAUUAGAAAGUCAUUAGACGCUCCGAAACCCGUUUCCUCUACUACAAAUUUGAAUUCUAACACUCUAGAUCACGCCAAAACUAACAAAAAUAAUGUUAAUUCUGGUGAAAAUCACACCUCUAAGAAUAAACAAAUGAAGCCUAAAACUGAUCAUAAAACUAAAAGUGAUCGUAAAACUAAAAAUGAAGAUGUUAGUCUAAAUCAUAUCAAAACUGAGAAUUUGAAUGUGAAAACAGAAGUUAAAAUUGACAUGGUGAAAGAUGUAAAAGUGGAAGAAAAGGUACAGAUAAAGAAAGAAAAGAAAGUGGAUCCAUUAGUAAUAGAAGAUAUAAUAGAACCAAUAAACCGUUGGUGGGAAGAAAUAGAUGAAGAUAUGGAUUAUAAUAAAGGGUUGGAAUUUGAAAGUAAGUCGAGCCGUUGGAAGUAUUUGGAACACAACGGAAUGAUAUUUACACCGGAAUACGUACCUCAUAAUAUACCAAUAAUGGUAAAGGGAGAAACAAUACAUCUGCCACCGAAUUUGGAAGAGAUUGCGACGAUGUGGGCCCAGAGUAUGGGCACGAACUAUGAAACAAGUGAAAUCUACUGCAAGAAUUUCUGGCAAGUUUUCGUCUCAAAAUUUGAAAAGGACCAUUUUAUACGGAGAUGUAAGUUAUCUGACGCAGAUUUCAGCCUAAUCAAAAACCACCUCGAGGAGGAGAAGCAGAAGAAAAAGGAUAAUAAGGAAUUUUAUAAAGCAAAACAACAAGAAGAUGCAAAAAGAGAAUAUAGAUUUAAUUAUGCAUUAGUAGAUUGGGUAAGAGAAAAGGUUAGCAGUAAUAAGCUAGAGCCUCCAGGGUUAUUUAAGGGUAGAGGACUUCACCCAAAACAAGGUCUUUUGAAGUCAAGAAUGUUCCCAAAAGACGUCAUUUUAAACCUCUCCAAAGAUGCACCGGUCCCGAAAGUAACAAACUUUCAACGCGAAGGACAUUCGUGGAAGGAUAUUUACCAUGACAAUAGUGUCACUUGGCUGGCAUACUACAAGGACAGUAUCAAUGACCAGUUCAAGUACAUGUAUCUAUCAGCGCAGUCAAAAUUCAAAGGCUUCCAUGACUUUUUAAAGUAUAACAAGGCGAGAGAACUCAAGGCUUACAUCCAAAAAAUCCGAGAUGACUACAAUACCAAAAUGCUCUGUAUGACUAUUAUUUAUACUAUUACGCUGGACAUUUAUGAGAAGCAGUUGGGAACAGCGGUCUAUUUGAUUGAUUACUUGGCACUGAGGGUUGGAGGAGAGAAGGACGCAGAUGAGGCUGACACGGUCGGCUGCUGCAGUUUAAGAGUUGAACACAUCAAGUUUAGUGAGAAGAAGAAAAACACAAUCACGCUCGAUUUCCUUGGAAAAGACUCCAUACGAUAUUUUAACACACUGAAUGACGUGGCAUAUGACAAUUUGGCGAAAUUUUGUAACCGGAAGAAGUCAAGCGAAGGAAUUUUCAGCAAAAUCAACACUAAUAAGUUGAAUGAAUACUUGAGGGAGCUCAUGGAUGGGUUGUCGGCUAAGGUUUUCAGGACUUACAACGCGUCAAUUACACUCCAAAAUCAGUUCAAGAGGCUGAGAUCUAAAUACAAGAGAAGUAUUAGUACUCACACACUGCUUCCAAGCAGUGUUACAGAUGGUUUAAAUGAUCUUAAUGGUUUAAGUGUUAACGAGGAGACAGGAAGAACGUCGAGAUCCUCAUCUAAUACGGAUUAUUCAAGUCUGACUAGUACUAAUAGUAUAGAUAUUAAUAGUAUUGAUGAUUUGGAUGACACUCAAGAUGAAAUUAACGAUAAACCAACAAAUAAUGAAAAUUCAACUAAAGAUAAAAACAAGGAUAAGGAUAAGGACACUAAGGAUGUUAGUGUUGAUAUUGGAAACGUGUCAGAGUUAUUACAGUUUUAUAAUUACGCGAAUAGAGAAGUUGCAAUUCUGUGCAAUCAUCAAAGAAGUAUCCCGAAACAACACGAAACGUCAAUGACCAAGCUUAAGUUACAGGCGAAAAUGCUUAAAGAGGACAUUCAGGAAUUGAACGAAUAUUGUAAGCAUUUGCAGUCGAAUUCUAAGGACGAAUUUAAAUUCGAGUCCAAGACUAAGGACGUGAACGGGAACCCUAGAAAACUAAUUACAAAGCCUGGAAUGAAGUUAGAAGCGGCUAAAAACAAACUUGCAACCCUCAAGAAAAAGCAAAAGGACCAUAAUAUUAAGAUGACCAUAAAGGACAGUAACAAGACUGUUGCUCUGGGAACGAGUAAAAUCAACUACAUGGACCCGAGAAUCACUGUGGCUUUUUGUAAAAAAUAUGAAAUCCCCAUUGAAAAGGUUUUUAACAAGAGUUUGCGGAUGAAAUUCCCUUGGGCGAUGUGUGUUCGCUCUGAUUUCACAUUUUAA